AUUUUCUCCAGCCUCGCAAUGACGUCUCCAAGUAAACAUUAACAGCCACCCCAAUUACAGUGACAGAUGGGAUGUAAGGAUAUCAAUUAGCAUCCCAUCAUCACCUAAACACACAUGGCGCAUUUAACAAACCCCCUCGCAACAGUCGAUCAACUCUACCAGCGCACAUCCUUCAGCGCGCUCCCCUCUGACCUACAGGACAUAAUAUUCUUUACAAUACAAUGCCUAACUCAAGCAGCCGGAGUCCUCCUCCGCCUCCCUCAAUCCGUCACAGCGCAAGCCUGCGUGAUCCUCGCGCGACACUGGCUCAUCGACUCCCCUCUAUCCCAUGGGUUUAGCGACACCUCCGCCGCAGCCUUAUACCUCGUCGCAAAACUAAGCUCCCAUCCCUGCCCACCACGGGACCUCUGCAAUGUCUACGCAUACCUCCUAUCGCGCAGCUCGCCCCUUCUCCGCGACCCUUCCCUCGACGAAACCAAAGAUAAAGAUAAGGAGAGGGAGAGGGAAGAAUACUACCUAUCCGAAACCGCAUACACAACCCUCCGCUCCCGAAUCCUGACCCUCGAAGCGCGCAUCUUAUACACGAUCUCCUUCAACACACAUGUCGCCUUACCACAUCCUCUCGCAAUAACCUACCUCCAAGCGCUGGACUUCCUCUCGUUCCCGCGCGCUGAAAUCUCCGGGCGCGCGAUUGCGUAUUUGAAUACCGCGCUCCUGUCCCCGCAGCUCUUAUACCUAACACAACAACCCUCAGCUCUAGCCGUGGCCGCGAUAUACGCGGCAGCCCGCGAUCUAGGCGCACAUCUGCCGGAUUGUGCGUGGUGGGAGGUAUUCGAUGUCGACCGGGAGGAUUUAGGGUUUUUGGUUGUUGCGAUGAGGAGUUUGGAGGGGUGGGCUAGGAAGUUGGAGGGUGAUGGAAAGAGGUGGUUAAAAAAGGGUAUGAUUACACGGAAAGAUGUCGAGGCGGAAAUGAGGAAUAGAGGAUUAAUGAUUGGUAAUGGGAGUGGAAGUGCGAGUGGUGAGGCGCAAGAUGAAGAGGACGAUUUGAUGAGGCAGAUGGAUGAGAAGGCUGCGGAAUUGGAGGAAGAUGAGUUUGCAAUAAAUCACUAAAGUAUCAAAAUGAAAUAUAAUUAUACCAUAUCA